AUGGCUCGUGGAGAAGGAACCACAUCAACAAAGACCGAAAAGGGGAGCAUCGCUCCGAAGGCUCAAUCCGUGGAAAAGGAGGAAGCGCCUAAGGAAUCUGCCGAAAUCAAGGUUCCAGAAGCACCCAAACGCACCAGGGUGCCAGAUGCCGUCCAGAGGAAAUUGGCGGCCAAGAAACAGAAGGGCCCCCAGCCCAGCAGGUUGGCGCAGGAAUUGCGCAGUUACCAGGCCAAAAGGAAGAGGCAUUCGAUGGACGUAUAUGUCCAGAUCACGGGUCUGGACUCAGGGAAAACACGCAGGGUCAAGGCGCUGCUCAAUAGCGGCUGCAGUACCUGCUGUAUCGAUACUGACUACGCACGGGCGGAGAAGUUGGAUAUCCAGGAGCUCCCACAACCCAUUGUGGCUCGUAAUGCCGACAACACUGAGAACAUCAACGGGCGGAUCACGCACUAUGUCGACCUGAGGAUGAGAAUCGGUCCUCAUGUGGAGACACGCACGUUCCUUCUGACGUGCUUAGGGAAAGCCCGGAUCUUCAUUGGUCUUGAUUGGCUGAUGGAACACAACCCUGAUGUGACAAUCAACCCAAAAACAAAGUCGAAAAGAGAAGUGAAUUCGAAGACUGGAGAAUACAACCAAGUAGCUACAGUAUUUAUACCCAAAUCCAGUCUGAGUCAUAUCUACAACUAA